AUGGUUCCAGGUAUCCAGGGAGAAAACAGUCUUUUUCCGCACUUGUCGCCUGAAGAGAGGUAUGCGCAGGCGAUGCACAUGGAGAUGCAACCCUGGACGCCAUGGACGCCAAAUUUGCGAAGUGAUGUCAAUCUGAUGAAUCUCGAUAUUUUACGCUGCUUCGCAUCCAACCAACAACAAUCAAUGGUGGCUCCCGGCUUAACACCUUACAUUCUACCCUGGCAGACAAAUAUAUACGAAGAAUAUCUAGUCCUGCAGAGUAAUGUAUCGAACAUCUCCUUCACAGCAGACGUGACGGCUACUCUGGCCAAGAAACACGUUUGCAGAUAUCUCAAUUGCCUUAGCAGACGGACGGGAAAACAGAGUAGUUUCAACCGGGCCGAUCACCUCAAGCGGCACGAGACGACUGUUCAUAAAACACCUGGCAGUCCAGUGUACAGAUGCUGGGUGUCAGGUUGCAAGAGGCCUUUCACGCGCAAGGACAACCUUCGCGCCCAUUUGAAAACUCAUUUAGGGAAACCUGGGAGCCGCAACCGAUAUGUCGCCAGUCUUGACCCACAGAGCUCGGUAUAUAAUCUGCAAUGGGAAGGCGAGCUUGAUUACUCUGGAUUUCCGGUACUUGGGUCAACUUCCAGGGGCGCAGAGAUCAGAGUUGGGUGGCAGAAUCUGGACGUGACCUCAGGAUUGGGAGAGUCAGGGCUCCCUGCUGGUUGA